AUGGCAACGACCAUUGCCAUUGUUUGGGCCUCUCGUGGCGGGCUGGGGGACGUGGGCAAGCUGGCGGCGAUGCACGCAAAGCUGGGCGGAGUGCAGUUCCGCGCAGUGGCCCUCAAUGAUGGCAAGGAGGGCCUUGACACCGGCAUUGAUACCACGGAGGUUGUGCCCGAGACCCGGCGAGAGAAACUUCAGGAAGUGCUAAAGGAUGUCGAGGUGAAGCAGUUGGACAUCACGGGUGACAGCACCUUGCUGGAGGAAGUUUUCAGCGGCUGUGACUGCAUCAUUGCUUGCCCUGGUAGCCGCCAGAACAAAAUAGCACGCACGUGCGCCCUGGGGGCGAAGAAGAUUUGCCAUGCAGCACAGAAGGCUGGCGUCCCCCGGAUCGUGGUGCUGUCAUCCUUUGGCGUUGGCGCCGAUUACCUUCCGUGCAGUUGCAUUGGAUGCAUUUGGGGCUGCCUCUUGCGCUGCGCCUGGCCGGGUAUGCGCCGUGACCUCAUUGAGAUGGAUGAGAUUGUCGCCUCAUCGGGUCUCGAGUAUCUGCUGGUGCGGCCCAUGGGCAUUGAUCCCACGGAGCAGCCGCUGGGGAGCUGGAAACUGGUCACCGCCAAGGGCCAAGGCAGCCUACCCAUCACCGUAGCGAAAGAGGACGUGGCGCAGUAUCUCCUCCGAGAAGCAGUGACGCCAGAGCACAAAAGCAUGUCUGUCACUAUCGGCAAAGACGUGGCAGCAAAGCCACCAGUAUCAGAAUGA